AUGCUAGGACACAGAGACACCGAGCUUCCGAUCUUUGGAGUCAUCCGAGGAAACGCUUCUGACGCGACAGGUAGUAUCCGUGGUCGAAAGCUGCACGUAUUCAACACCAUACGGAUGAUGAGGAUAAAAAGUCAAUGGCAGAGAGACUACAUCAAAGAGGAGAUGAACAAGGUUGUCGUCUAUAUUACGACAUGUGGAAUCCUCAGGAGAGUUUGGGAGCGAUGUCGAGAUACGGUUGAACUCUUAAAAGCACUCAAAAUCAAGGCGGAAUUUCGUGAUCUCAACAUUGACCCCUCUUAUGCUGAUGAAUUGGCCGAUCGAAUGCGUUUGGACAAGAGCGAUCGGGAACUUGUUUAUGACGGCCUUCCAAUGGUAUACGUGAAUGGAAAAUAUUUCGGAAACGAUGCCACCCUGAUUCAAGAGAACGAAAACAAGAACCUCGUCGAAAUCCUAAGAGAAUUUCAGGGCGGCAAGAAUGUACACGCUGACCUUGCUCUGCUUACAACCCGGUGUCCGUUCUGCAGAGGCGGCAAAAAGGCAAAGGAAACAUUCCGCGUUCGACUUCGCUGCGCUCGAUGCGAUCGGAACGGUAUCGCGCCAUGCACGAGCUGUACCAAGCCAAAAGUGUAG